CUUUGCUGGUAUCCAAGUGAAGACGUGUUUUUUGGGGGGGAACUGGUCGUUUCAUCACAGAGAGGCUGAAUACUUUUAGCUUCAGCCACUUUCUGGCGGGUUGGAGGUUUAUUUUGUUGCUGUUCUGCAGGAAGACAAACACCAAGGAAGCGAAGAAGAAAUGGCGCAGAGAAAGAAUUCCAAAAGUCACUCUAAAAAAGAGGGAAAGACGGCUCCUCCGGAGCAGAAGAACGGGAAGAGGAGCGACGGAGGAGCUGCAGGAGGAGGUGCAAAGUUCUCCGUGUUCACCUGGGUGGUGGUUCUGGCCCUGCUGGGCGUGUGGAGCUCCAUGGCUGUGGUCUACUUCGACAUCGUGGACUACGACAACGUCAUCGCGAGGGCUCAGGAGUUCCGCUGGAACUUUUCUGAAGUUCUGCAAGGGAAACUAGCUGCCUACGACACGGACAACGACGGAGACUUUGACGUGGAGGACGCCAAAGUUCUGCUCGGAGAGACUUCAGAAGGAUCUGAAAAAAACACGACCAAAGCUCAAACUUCAAGUCAUCCACACCGAGGCGUGAAGCUGCGUGCGGCUCUGAGAAAUGAGCUGAGGCUGAUUCACGAGAAGAUGGAGGCCAAAAGGAUUGCUAGGAUUGCUCUGGCCGAGAUCCGGGCACUCCUAGCUGAGGAGGAUGAAAAGAGGGAGGUAGCUUGGGCUCAGAAGAUGAAAGACCUUGAAGUGGCACGGCUUAAGAUGGAGGCUGAGUUGGUAGAGAAGGAAAGACUGGAAAAGGAGAAAGCUGUCGAGCAGGAAAAGCUGGAAAAGGAAAGACUGGAGAGGGAGCAGAAGGAAAGACAAGAAAGGGAGAGGGCAGAAAAGGAACGAUUGGAGAGGGAGAAGGAGGAGAAGGAGGAAAAGGAGAGAUUGGAGAGACAGGAGAAGGAAAGACUGGAGAGGGAGAGACAGGAGAAGGAAAGACUGGAGAGGGAGAGACAGGAGAAG